UUUUUCCCACAGUAAAGCGCGCACGUUGAGCCGGCUUCACUUGCUUCAGCUUCCAGGCUGCCUGUGGAGCAUGUCUUCCAAGAAGAACAGAAGACGGUCCAACCGGAGCUCCGGCCGCUCCGGUCGGGGUUCGCCCUCGCCCUCCACGGCUCGCUCUCUGGCGGGGGCCUCGGCUGCUUGUCCCGAAGCCGGUUUCGCGGCGGCGACUGGGACCCUGGCGGUGAUCAACUUCCUAGAAAAGGAUGACAGAGUUCCUAAAAAGUUCCAGAAUUCCCUUGCUCAACUCGGACUUGGCACUAUGAAGUCUGCAAAUAUAGUUAUUGGCCGACCAGUGCUGCUUACCAGUUUACAUGGAAAACAAGAGGUCUGUGUGGCCUGGCCUGUAUCAGGAUUUCCUGGAGGCAAGGUUGGCCUGAGUGACACAGCACAGAAGAAUAUGGGUGUCAGAGUUGGUGAUGCCAUCCAUGUCCAGCCUCUUUUGGGUGCUGUGAUACAGGCUGAGGAAAUGGACGUGGCGCUCAGUGACAAAAAUGUGGAUAUUAAUAAAGAACAAUUGGCUGAUUGUCUUCUGAGAAAACUAGAUGACAAGAUUGUUUUGCCAGGCAACUUUCUAUACAUUACAUUCUAUGGACGACCAUGCGUGUUGCAAGUGUUGCGAGUGAAAGGUGCAGAUGGCAUGAUACUGAGAAGGCUUCAGAGUGACUCUAAUACUGAUUCUCAGGGAAUGACCUCAAAACGAUCCAGCAUAGAAGCCAGUACCCUCGAUAUGUCCUUACAGUUAAGCCAGUUGGAUCUGGAAGAGCCUCGGGUCCCACCAUCAAGCAGUACUCCCUGCAAACCAGUAGAUGACAGAAAGAUAAAUAAAACUGGUGACAGUUUGUCAAAUGUCACACAGAGUCCUGGUGGCAGCAGUGGGCUUGGGCCAGAGGGAGUGACAGGAAUUCCUCCCCCUAGAGGAGUGUUACUGUAUGGCCCUCCAGGUACUGGAAAGACAAUGAUUGCCAGGGCUAUUGCUAAUGAAGUUGGAGCCUAUGUCUCUGUAAUAAAUGGUCCUGAAAUUAUAAGCAAAUUCUAUGGGGAAACUGAAGCAAGGUUACGUCAGAUAUUUGCUGAAGCCACUCUGCGACAUCCAUCAAUUAUUUUUAUUGAUGAGCUGGAUGCACUUUGCCCAAAAAGAGAAGGGGCUCAGAAUGAAGUGGAAAAAAGAGUUGUAGCUUCACUGCUAACACUGAUGGAUGGUAUUGGUUCAGAAGGAAGUGAAGGACAGGUAUUAGUUAUUGGGGCCACAAAUCGUCCUCAUGCUUUGGAUGCUGCACUCCGCCGACCUGGACGAUUUGAUAAAGAGAUUGAGAUUGGAGUUCCUAAUGCUCAGGACCGGCUAGAUAUACUUCGGAAACUGCUUCGAAAGGUACCGCAUGAACUCACUGAAGCCGAGCUGCUACGGUUAGCAAACAAUGCACAUGGAUAUGUUGGAGCAGACUUGAAAGCCUUGUGUAAUGAAUCAGGGCUCAAUGCCUUCAGGAGAGUCCUGAAGAAACAGCCUAACCUCCCUGACAGCAAGGUGGCUGCGUUGGUGAAGAUUACUCUGAAAGAUUUCUUGCAGGGAAUGAAUGAUGUCAGGCCCAGUGCCAUGAGGGAGGUUGCAGUUGAUGUCCCAAGUGUAUCCUGGUCAGAUAUAGGAGGACUGGAAAAUAUCAAAUUGAAAUUGAAACAGGCUGUGGAAUGGCCCUUGAAACAUCCGGAGUCUUUCACCCGAAUGGGUAUUCAGCCACCUAAAGGAGUUCUUCUGUAUGGGCCACCUGGUUGCUCUAAAACGAUGAUUGCAAAGGCUUUGGCCAAUGAAAGUGGACUGAAUUUUCUAGCAAUAAAGGGGCCUGAAUUAAUGAAUAAAUAUGUUGGUGAAUCUGAAAGAGCUGUUAGAGAGAUCUUCCGCAAAGCGAAAGCAGUGGCUCCUUCCAUUAUUUUCUUUGAUGAAUUGGAUGCCUUAGCAGUUGAAAGGGGCAGUUCUUCAGGUGCUGGGAAUGUAGCUGACCGUGUUUUGGCUCAGCUCCUUACUGAAAUGGAUGGCAUUGAACAGUUAAAGGAUGUGACUGUUUUGGCAGCUACUAACCGCCCAGAUAGAAUAGACAAGGCUUUGAUGCGUCCUGGAAGAAUCGAUAGAAUCGUGUAUGUGCCUUUACCAGAUGCAGCAACAAGGAAGGAAAUAUUUAACCUGCAGUUUCACUCGAUGCCAAUCAGUCAGGAUGUUGAUCUGAAUGAACUCAUCCUCCAAACAGACACAUAUUCUGGAGCAGAGAUCAUCGCCCUCUGUAGAGAGGCCGCCCUUCUGGCGCUAGAAGAAGACAUUAAAGCCAAAUGCACCAGGAAAAAACAUUUCACUCAAGCCUUGAGCACUGUGACGCCCAGAAUUCCUCAGUCACUGAGACGUUUCUAUGAAGAUUAUCAAGAGAAGAGUGGACUUCAUACACUCUGAAAAAACAUACCCCUUCGUUAUGCUAAAAAUGCUUUCUAAUUUGUUUCGUUUUAAAAUUUUGUGUUGAGAAUGUUAAAAAAAGAAAUUCUUAAGAAACAAAAUGUCUGAAAUUUGUUGACUGGAAUUAAGGGGCUUCAGUUCUUGUAGACAUUUUAAAUCAUAUGGAUAAAAUGAAAACCUCAGGACAGAGGUUUAAAUCA